CGUGUAUGAUUUGAUUUCCCGUUCUUGUUUUCGGUUAACGAGACACUAGUGACUGGGGCAUUUCCGACUUUCCUUCCCAAACGGAAAAAGAAGAGUAGCUCUGUAGGUUGUCUACUAUUUCGAAAGCAAUUUCUUGAGGUUUUGGCGAUAAGCACAAGUGGUUUUCGAUGACCUUUCGAACAAAUCUUUUAUGAAGCGGUGACCGAUUUCACUUUGUCAUGCAUGUCAAAUUGGUAACCAAUGAAAUGUCUCUCAUAGCGUCAUAAAAAGGGGCUUCCCCGAUUUCCGAGAAUCGAAAGUACUAGGAAACGCUUAGGUUGCACCUCUGUCUGCCCCAUGUCAACUUCGUGAAUCUUCUUAAGAAUAUAUUACCAUCGCGCAGAAAGCGAAAACAUCGCCAUGUCACAAUCUAAAGCGAAAUAUCAUAGACUCCAUCUCGAUGAAGUGACUGAUGGCACGUCCCAUGAGAAACACAAUGGUAACAAAAUGGUCAGCUGGUCCAAGGCAACACUCGUCUUGGUGUUUAUUUCGGCUCUGAUUUUACUUCUCAUAAUUGCAGGCUUAAUUGUGUUUGCCAAUCAAUCUCGUGACAAGGAAGGUGAAAACGACAGCACAAGUUUUGCCGCGUCAGUCGACUGCAGACAGAUGCCACUUUGUGACUCCAACUCAACCUGUACAGCUGAAUUCAGCAGAGACAAAAAUCGUUACAGUUGUGUUUGUAACACUGGCUUUAAAAGAAAUGGUUCUAUUUAUGCAGAUAGCACGCCAUGUCAGGAUCUUAAUGAGUGCAAAGACAAUAUGCACAAUUGUAGUGUUCAUGCACUCUGCAAUAACACCAUUGGCUCUUAUGAAUGUAAGUGUCUCCCAGGAUUUUAUGGAAAUGGCAUAUCAUGUGAAGAUCUCGAUGAGUGCAAAGGCAAUAUACACAAUUGCAGUAUUUAUGCACACUGCAGUAACACCAUUGGUUCUUAUGAUUGUAAUUGUCUGGAAGGAUUCCAUGGAGAUGGCAUCUCAUGUCAGGAUGUUGAUGAGUGUAAGGAUAAUAUGCUCAAUUGCAGUGUUCAUGCAUUCUGCAAUAACACCAUUGGAUCCUAUAGUUGUACUUGUCUCCCUGGAUUCAAAUUCGAUGGAUUGUCGUGCAAUGACAUCAAUGAAUGUAAAACGAAGAUGCACAACUGCGAUGCUCAUGCAUUCUGUAAAAACACUAUCGGUUCGUACGACUGUAACUGUCGCCCAGGUUUCAUGGGGAAGGGAGGGUCAUGCCAUGACAUCGAUGAAUGCAAGGAUGGAACGCACAAGUGUCACACAAACGCACAAUGUACAAACAGUGAAGGCUCUCAUGAAUGCACCUGCAAUUCUGGGUUUCGCGGUGAUGGUCAAGUGUGCCAAGAUAUUGACGAAUGUCUGGAUGGAUCACAUGACUGCAAUUCGCAUGCAACUUGUUGGAACACUGAUGGUUCCUAUUCGUGUUCGUGCGAUGACGGUUUCCGUGGUGAUGGUCGUGUUUGCUUUGACAUCGAUGAAUGCAGAGAUGAAAGUCAUGUCUGUGAUGCUCAUGCCAGCUGUGUUAACAAGCCUGGUUCUUACAGCUGCUCCUGCAAAAAAGGCUACAACGGAGAUGGACGAUUAGGAUACUGUAACGACAUCAAUGAAUGCAGAGAUGAAACGAACAGAUGCCACGUGAAGGCGCGUUGCAUUAACACGCAAGGCUCUUACACCUGUAGCUGCAAUUCCGGUUUCCAUGGUGACGGAUUGGUAUGUAGUGAUAUAGAUGAGUGCGCAGGGGGUGUCCACGACUGCCAUCGAAAAGCGAAGUGUAUCAAUACAAUAGGAUCAUAUCGCUGUUCUUGUUUAAAUGGAUAUCACGGAAAUGGCAAGCAGUGUAAAACUCCCUCUGCCGCAAACCAAGCACAAACAAUAAACAAACAAACCAACCACCAAGUACCUCCCAACAGAGCGUUUCUUCCCAUUAUUAUUAUUGCCUCUGUGUUUGGGUUUAUUAUUAUUAUUGCUUUUAUUUUUUGUUUUGUGUUAUGUUGCUUAUUGGCCCUGAACAAACCCGUCUCCGCAAGUUAUGAUAAACGCUCCAUGCUCAGUAGAAGACGAGAGACGUUUACUUAUCUGUUAUUAAUGAUUGGCAACCAAUCAAAAGUCGUUUCUUCAUAUAAAGGGGCUUCCCCGAAUUCCGAGAAUCGAAAGUACUUAGAAACGCUUAGGUUGCAUUUCAGUGAGUUGUCUAUGAACAGGCUUGAACCUUUGUUUGUGAAUCUUGCUAAGAAUACCUUAACAACGAAAGAAGAACAGAUCAGUAUGUCACAAUCUCCAGCGAAAUAUCAUAAUCUCAAUCGUCCCGAUGAAGUGACUGAUGCCACAUCCUAUAAGAAACACACAAGUAAGAAACUGUCGAUCGUGCCAAAGAUCAAAGAAUUGAUGAUGAAGUGGAAUAAAGCCAUCUCCAGAGAGAAACUGAUGGCGAUUAUGGCACUUUUGGUAGUGUUCCUGAUUGUGUUAGCGGUGUGUUUUGUUCUCAUAUUUGAGAUCUCCACUACUUGCAAGGAAGGAUUCCAUGGAGAUGGCAUGUCACGUCAGGAUGUUGAUGAGUGCAAAGACAAUGUCCACAAUUGUAGUGUUCACGCACUGUGCCAUGACACUAUUGGUUUCUAUGAUUGUACCUGUCUUGAAGGAUUCCAUGGAGAUGGCAAGUCAUGUCAGGAUGUUGAUGAAUGCAAAGAUCAUGUCCACAAUUGCAGUAUUUAUGCAUGCUGCAAUAACACCGUUGGCUCUUAUGAUUGCACUUGUCUCGAAGGAUUCUAUGGAGAUGGCAAGUCAUGCCAAGAUGUUGAUGAGUGCAAAGACAAUGUCCACAAUUGCAGCGUUUAUGCACUCUGCAAUAACACUAUUGGCUCUUAUCAUUGUACCUGUCUUGAAGGAUUCCAUGGAGAUGGCAAGUCAUGUCAGGAUAUUGAUGAGUGCAAAUACAAUGUGCACAAUUGCAGUGUCCAUGCACACUGCAAUAACACUAUUGGCUCCUAUCAUUGCACCUGUCUUGAAGGUUUCCAUGGAGAUGGCAAGUCAUGUCAGGAUAUUGAUGAGUGCAAAGACAAUAUGCACAAUUGCAGUGUCCAUGCACACUGCAAUAACACUAUUGGCUCCUAUCAUUGUACCUGUCUUGAAGGAUUCCAUGGAGAUGGCGUGUCAUGUCAAGAUGUUAAUGAGUGCAACGGCAAUGGGCACAAUUGCAGUAUUUAUGCACUCUGCAAUAACACUAUUGGCUCCUAUGAUUGUACUUGCCUUGAAGGAUUCCAGGGANUUUAUCGGCAGUUUCUUGAUAUCUUUGACUCUGUUUCACCUUCCAAAACAGAUAGCAUGAACAAAUCAAAUUUGGCCGCAUUCGUUGACUGCAGACAAAAGCCACUCUGUGAUUCCGACGCUACCUGUACAGCUGAAUUCAGAGACAAACAUCGCUACAUUUGUGUUUGUAACAAUGGCUUCGAAGGAAAUGGUUCUAUCUCUGGAAACGACAAGUCAUGUCAGGAUAUUGAUGAAUGCAAAGGCGAUAUGCAAAAUUGCAGUGUUUAUGCACACUGUAAUAACACCAUUGGCUCUUAUGAUUGUACUUGUCUUGAUGGAUUCCACGGAGAUGGCAUGUCUUGUCAGGAUGUUGAUGAGUGCAAAGACAAUGUGCACAAUUGCAGUGUUUAUGCACGCUGCAAUAACACUGUUGGCUCUUAUGAUUGUACUUGUCUUGAUGGAUUCCAUGGAGAUGGCAUGUCAUGUCAGGAUGUUGAUGAGUGCAAAGUUAAUAUGCACAACUGCAGUAUUUAUGCACUCUGCAACAACACUAUUGGCUCUUAUAAUUGUACUUGUCUCGAAGGAUUCCAUGGGGAUGGCAUGUCAUGUCAGGAUAUUGAUGAAUGCAAAGGUACUCUGCACAACUGCAGUGCUCAUGCAUUUUGCAAUAACACUAUUGGCUCCUAUGACUGUACUUGCCUCCCAGGAUUCAAAGGAGAUGGAUUGUCGUGUGAUGACAUCAACGAGUGUAAAACGAAUACACACAACUGCAAUGGGUAUGCGAUCUGCAAAAAUACCAUUGGCUCCCAUGACUGUACGUGUCGCCCAGGAUUCAAAGGAAAUGGAUUGUUGUGUGAUGACAUCAACGAGUGCAAAACGAAUACACACAACUGCAAUGGGUAUGCGAUCUGCAAAAACACCGUUGGCUCCUAUGACUGUACUUGUCGCCCAGGAUUCAAAGGAAAUGGAUUGUCGUGCGAUGACAUCAACGAGUGUAAAACGAAUACACACAACUGCAAUACGCAUGCGACCUGCAAAAACACCAUAGGCUCCUAUGACUUACACACAACUGCAAUGCGCAUGCGAUCUGCAAAAACACCAUUGGCUCCUAUGACUGUACGUGUCACCCAGGAUUCAAAGGAGAUGNGAUUGUCGUGUGAUGACAUCAAUGAGUGUAAAACGACUACACACAACUGCAAUGCGCAUGCGAUCUGCAAAAACACCAUUGGCUCCUAUGACUGUACGUGUCACCCAGGAUUCAAAGGAGAUGGAUUGUCGUGUGAUGACGUCAAUGAGUGUAGCGAAAGAAAUCAUCUCUGUGACGCUUAUGCAAGUUGUGUUAACAAGCCUGGUUCUUACACCUGCGCCUGCAGAAAAGGCUACACUGGAAACGGAAGAUAUUGUAAAGCUUCCUCAGCCAGAAACCACCAAUUGACUCUCAACAGAGUUACUCUUCUUACUGUUGUCACUGUUUUUGUGCGAUGGUUUUGUAUGUAAAAGCUUCGAAGAAAUUGUCGACAUCCACAUAUGACUCUGCAAAUAGACACUUCAAAACUUGAAAGUUAUAUUAUAAUUGAGAUUCCGACAAUAGUUGUAUCUCCCCAAUUGUAAAAAAAGGAUUGUAGCGUAACUUUUAAUUUUUUCGUUUAUACUUCAAUUGUAAAAAACAGACUGAACACAAAAAAUUCUUAGGUUAUCAGAACCACUACAUGGUGACCUCAAUUCCUUUUUAUUUUAACACUAAUACGACUAGUAAAGACUAGUGGAGAAGGGUAAAUGAUGUAAGUCUUCCAUUUUUAAGUUUCUCGAAUUGAUAAGGAUAGUCAAGUUAUUUGGUAGUCCAAAUAAGGAGCUAUUUUCAAUGUUACAAUCAUGCCCGAUCUAGCGAGACUGCACCACAACUCAAUGGAUGCACGCUCGUAUCGACCUGAGGUCCAUAGAUAAGAAUUAGUGAGAGUAGAUUUUGUCGCCUUUAAAGGCCAUAUAAUAAAGGCAAUAUUUCCUUGCGGUUUGUUGCAAAACAGUGGUGCAUUGCAAGCUGAAAAGCUUCGUUGUGCGUAUUAAUACACGCGUGUUGGAGGUUGCGGUGCCUAACAUGUUGUUUUAAAGUUUACAGAGCGGAAUAAGUUUUACUCUGUGCAAGAUGUUGCUGAAACGUGCGACACUAGUAAUUAUACUUACACCAACACUUCUACACCUGCAAUACAACAAUUUGGCGCGACAUCUGCAAGAAUAUGCUGCCCUUUAGAAGAAAUUGUUUUCGUCCGCUCGACGCAGGAAAAUCUUUGUUAAUUUUGAAAAUAAAGCAUAAUGAAGGCCUCCCUAACUCUUCUGUUGGAGUGGAUUUUCUAACCCUAGAGAGCAUUAACAAAGACAACGAAAACAGAGCUUAUCUAGUUUUGUAAAUAUAUCGAAGGCUUAAAUAAAUGUACUACUCCUUUAAAAAAAGUCAUUUUGCGUUGU